UGACCACCACCACCUCCCGAUCUAUCGAUCCCUGCUCGCUACCGACAUAGCCAGACUCUAGUCGACGAGGCCGUCGACUUUUUACGACCAGAAACUACCCAGAACAAGCGUCUUCAAUAUGGCUACCGAAGGAUCUCUCCAGGACCUCCAGGAGAAUGAGAUUGAGUCCAAUUGGGACCAGAUUGUCGACAACUUCGACAACAUGGAACUGAAGCCCGAACUUCUCCGUGGUAUCUACGCCUACGGAUUCGAGCGUCCGUCUGCUAUCCAGCAGCGUGCUAUCGUCCCUGUUAUCAAGGGCCACGACGUCAUCGCGCAGGCCCAGUCCGGUACUGGCAAGACCGCGACCUUCUCCAUCUCCAUCCUCCAAAAGCUUGACCCUGCCAUCAAGGGCACCCAGGCCCUCAUCCUUGCGCCCACUCGUGAGCUUGCUCAACAGAUCCAAAAGGUCGUCAUCGCCCUCGGCGACUACAUGAAUAUUGAGUGCCACGCGUGCGUCGGCGGCACGAAUGUCCGUGAGGACAUGGCGAAGCUCCAGGAGGGCGUCCAGAUCGUUGUCGGUACUCCUGGUCGUGUAUUCGAUAUGAUCAACCGUCGCGCGCUCCGUACUGACAACAUCAAGAUCUUCUGUCUCGACGAGGCUGAUGAGAUGUUGUCUCGUGGUUUCAAGGACCAGAUCUACGAGGUCUUCCAGCUCCUUCCCCAGGACACUCAGGUCGUCCUGCUCUCGGCUACGAUGCCCGCUGAUGUGUUGGAAGUGACGAAGAAGUUCAUGCGCGACCCCGUCCGUAUCCUCGUCAAGCGUGACGAGUUGACGCUCGAGGGUAUCAAGCAAUUCUACAUUGCCGUCGAGAAAGAGGAGUGGAAGCUGGACACGCUUUGCGAUCUUUACGAGACUGUCACUAUCACCCAGGCCGUCAUCUUCUGCAACACGAGGAGGAAGGUCGACUGGCUCACGGAGAAGAUGCACUCGCGGGAGUUCACUGUCUCUGCCAUGCAUGGUGACAUGGACCAGAAGCAGCGUGAGCUGCUGAUGAAGGAGUUCCGUUCCGGCUCCUCCCGUGUUUUGAUCACAACGGAUCUGCUUGCGCGUGGCAUUGACGUGCAGCAGGUUUCGCUCGUCAUCAACUACGAUUUGCCUACGAACCGCGAGAACUACAUCCACCGCAUUGGUCGUGGGGGUCGUUUCGGACGGAAGGGCGUGGCUAUCAACUUUGUUACCACGGAGGAUGUGCGCAUGCUGCGCGAUAUCGAACUGGGACUGAACGCUACUUCCUUAGAAUUCUACAACACCCAGAUUGAUGAGAUGCCUCUGAACGUCGCGUAA